CUCGGAAAGACGCCAUUUUCAGUGAUAAUCAGAGGAUUAGAGCUCCACCCCCACCCCCCCCCCCCCCCCCCCCCCCCCCUCUCUCUCUUUCUCUCUCUGAGCAAAAGGGUCCACUCCAUUGAUUGGAACUCGAAGCUACACUACCAAAGCUUCUCACUUUGCGUCCUUUCUGUCUUGUUUUGAUCAUGCAGAAACAGAGCGUACACAGCAUUCUUCAACCAAACCCCCUCUGACACCUCUGCCAUCUCUCCAGCCUCCCCCAUCCGUCAUCCUCAAGCAACCCGAAAUCCAACCGCACCCCAUCAACGAUCCUUGCCCUUUUAGCAAAACCCAACAGCUACAGCACAAAUUCGAAACUCCGCCCUCUCUUUCUCUCCCUUUUACUGUGUAUAACAUAUAUAUAUAUAUUGCUCUGUAUUUUCUUGCACUCCUCGUACCUUUAGAGUUCACUCAGUUCUCUGUUUCGAUGGACGGCGGGGGAAUGUCGGUGAUGGUGUGGGAGCAGGCGCGGGGGCCGGUGAUAGUGCCAGCACUAAGGGUGGCGGUGGGGGUGUGCUUGGUGAUGUCAGUGAUGCUGUUCCUGGACCGGGUUUACAUGGGGAUAGUGAUAGCCAUUAUAAGGUUGUUCGGGCGCAGGCCGGACAAGCGGUACAAGUGGGAGUCCAUGUCCAUGGGUGAUGACGUCGAGUCCGGCUCCUUGGCCUAUGCCAUGGUCCUCGUCCAAAUCCCCAUGUACAAUGAGAAGGAGGUCUAUCAGCUGUCAAUUGGAGCUGCAUGUGGGCUUUCAUGGCCCUCUGAUAGGAUCAUCAUUCAAGUCCUUGAUGACUCCACGGACCCCGCUAUUAAGGACUUGGUGGAAUUGGAGUGCCAGAGAUGGGCGAGCAAAGGCAUAAACAUAAGGUAUGAGAUUCGAAGCAACAGGAACGGCUACAAGGCCGGGGCUCUCAAGGAAGGCAUGAAGCACAGCUAUGUCAAGCACUGUGACUUUGUUGCCAUCUUUGACGCUGAUUUCCAGCCCGAGCCCGAUUUUCUCUGGCGCACCAUCCCCUUCCUGGUUCACAACCCCGAUAUCGCCCUCGUCCAGGCUCGCUGGAAGUUUGUGAAUGCCGAUGAGUGCUUAAUGACAAGAAUGCAAGAGAUGUCAUUGGAUUACCACUUCACUGUGGAACAGGAAGUGGGCUCCGCAACCUAUGCCUUCUUUGGGUUCAAUGGAACUGCUGGUGUGUGGAGGAUUUCGGCCCUGAAUGAGGCCGGGGGAUGGAAGGAUCGGACCACUGUAGAGGACAUGGAUCUGGCUGUUCGAGCGAGUCUCAAAGGUUGGAAAUUUGUCUACGUUGGCAACCUCAAGGUGAAAAACGAACUGCCCAGUACUUUCAAAGCAUACCGCUAUCAGCAACAUCGGUGGUCCUGCGGUCCAGCCAAUCUAUUCAAGAAAAUGGCAGUGGAAAUAUUCCGGAACAAGAAAGUGUCACUGUGGAAGAAGAUGUAUGUGAUCUACAGCUUCUUCUUCGUGAGGAAGAUAGUGGCCCACAUCGUGACAUUUAUGUUCUACUGUAUGGUGAUGCCUGCGACUGUGUUGGUCCCUGAAGUCCAUGUCCCCAAGUGGGGAGCUGUUUAUGUUCCUUCCACCAUCACUCUCCUCAAUGCUGUUGGGACUCCAAGGUCAUUCCACUUGCUGAUUUUCUGGAUCCUUUUUGAGAACGUCAUGUCGCUCCACCGGAUGAAGGCGACAUUCAUCGGACUGUUAGAGGCAGGGAGGGUGAAUGAGUGGGUUGUCACCGAGAAGUUAGGAGAUGCUCUUAAAACCAAGUUAGGCAACAAGGCUCCCAAGAAACCUCGUAUCCGGAUCGGCGAAAGAAUCCACAUGCUAGAGCUUUGUGUGGGCGCAUACCUCUUCUUAUGCGGAUGCUACGAUUUCGAACAUGGCAGGAACGGCUACUUCAUCUAUCUAUUCCUCCAAUCGUUUGCCUUCUUCAUUGCUGGGAUCGGAUACAUUGGAACUUUUGUCCCCAACUCUUAAUAAUUAAUUCGAAGAACUAUACAUAUUAUUUUUGUUUAUCUGCAAUUUCAAUUUUUUGUUCCUUUUUUUUUAAUAUAUAUUGUUUUAAGGUCACAAGAAGGCAUAUAACCCGCGAAGCAUAUUGAAAGGGAGACUCGUAAUUAUGAUAAUUUCUAGUUGUUGAAGGCAUUACUAUA